CAAGAGUGGCUUUUAAAUUAGCUUAUAUGGGAAUAAAUUAUCAUGGUUUAGAAACUUAAAUAAAUUAGCAUGAAACAAUUGAAAAUCGUCUAUUUAAAUGUUUAUAGAGAGUGAAUGAUUGAUAAUCGAGAUGAUUUAAUUUUACAAGAGCAAGAAGAACUGAUAAAGGUGUUAGUGCAAUAGGAAAUGUAACUGCUUUGAAUGUAAGAAAAAUAGGUAAAUCUGAUAAACUUUUUGGAUAAAUUUUAAACAGAGUUUUACCAGAAGAUAUAUAAAUUUUAGAUGAAUGUAUUGUUGAUGAAAAAUUUAAUGCUCGUUAUGAUUGCAUUAAAAGAGUAUAUAAAUAUUACUUUUAUAAGAUGGAUUAUAACAUUGAAUUAAUAUCAUAAGCAAUGUUAUAAUAUUUAGGUGAACAUGAUUUUAGAAAUUUUUGUCAAUUCGAUGUUAUUGCAAAUUAAAAUUUUGUAAGGACAAUUAUGAAUAUUUAAAUUGAAGAAGUCUUUCCAGAAAUGCUCCUCAAUGUAGCAAAUUAUUUUAAGAUGAUGAUAGAUUACUAUUGUACUAUGUUACUAUAGAAGGAAAUGCUUUUUUAUGGCAUCAAAUUA